AUGGAGUGGCAGCGCGCUUGCCGCGCGACGGCCCGCGCCCUCGGGACGGACCUGCUCGGCGCGCAGUGCACCGACGCGAUAGGCCAAGCGUGUUGCGCCGCUCGUGCUGGCAGGGCAUCGUUCGUGCGUGCGCAGGCGACGCGGACAGCGGGUUUCCCGUGCAGCGCUCUCGCCAGGCCGUCUCCCGCGCGGACCGACCGCGAAGUCUCGUGGGCGGCCCGCCCCGCGAGCAGGCAGUCGUUCCACAGCAGGACGGGUCCGUGGCGCGGCGCGGCGUCGGAGGCGCACCGGGGCAGCGAGUGGCGGGCGGACGCCUGGGCGCGGCCUGCGUGGACGCGGCACCGCGAUGACCCGCGGUACUGGACGAAGCUGCGCGACCGCCCCUGGUUCACCGGCGGCUGCGCGCACCUCCCGCCGUCGUACCCGGGCAGGGGGACGUGGGAGGGGGCGAGGUGGGGCGGGCAGGUGGAUCCGGGGACGGGCGCGGAGGUGGCGUACACGGGGCCGUACUCGGGGUACGCGGAGCCCCCGGGGGUGUUGACGCCGCAGCACGAGGCGCUGGUUGUGCGGCUGCCGGACGGGCGGCUCGAGCGGCUCGGGGAGCUCACGGACGAGGAGUUCGAGGACGUCAAGGGCGACCUCGUUGCGCGCUGGUGGCCGUCGGUGGCGGUCGGCGGCGCGUGCGACGGCGCGCGGGCGGCGCUGUCCUUUGCGCCGCAGCACGCGUGGUCGCGCACGCCGUUCGCGGCCCUCGUGCGCCGCUGGGACGGCCGCCACGACCUCGUCGAGCACUGCCUGCAGUCGGAGCUCGCGGAGAUGUGGGAGCUGUGGCAGCAGGAGCGCGACGUCGACGAGGCGUUGCGCACCGAGCCGUCGUGGUGGCGCCUGGGGGCGUGGGUCGCGGGAAUCGCCUUCUGGUGGGCGGUGCUGUACGUCUUCGUGGUGCGCUGGCUGCCCCAGCGCUUCCCCCUGCAGGAGGAGCGCCGCGCGCGCUGGGGCCGCCACGGCGUCCACAAGGCCAUCACGGAGCUGCACUACCACCCGCAGGUGGCCGCCGCGAUCGGGCGGCCCAUCUACCCGGAGCGCAUCCCGAUCGUGUACCGCGGCAAGGCGGAGUACGCGUUCGCGUCCGCGGGGUACUGGGACGACGGGAACCGCGGCACGCGCGAGCCGCGCUUCCACACCGACAUACGGUUCGUGGCGGUCGGGCCGCGCGGGCGCGCGGUGGUGUGGGGGGACAUUUGUUGGUACAACUUGUUCGAGUCGUGGAUGACCCCCCCGCUGUUCUUCCUGCGCUGGAGCUGGUUCUGGCACUACCUCUUCGUCGAGAUCGAGGGCAAGAAGCUCACGCUGGUCAGCCCCGCGUGGGACGAGGACCGGAAGAAGGGCAGCGCACUCUCGGGGCCCCUGCGGCGCUGGUGGCAGUGGUGA